CAAGGCUAAAUAGAGCAUCUUAAUGAAAUUCACCGAAGGAGGUGUUUUUUUCAUGAUCAAUAAAAUUGAAGAAGCACAAAAAGAACUAAAUGAAACGGAAGAUUCUAAGAAAGACAUCUCCGAGGCUAUUACAAGAGGGAGCACAGACACAGUUAAAGGUGUGAAGCGUAAAAAGAUUGUAACUGAGAAUCAUCAGACAAAAAUACCAAAAUCACCUUUGAGAACUCCAGCUCAGGCAAAAUCUAAGGAAAAAGUAGAAGACCUUUCAUCAUCAUCUAAAAUUCUCCCUGAUACUUCAGAGAUAUUAAAAGAACCUCAUAGUUUGGCUUCACAAAAUGGGAAACAAAAUAAACAAAAUGUGGGGACAUUUAAUAGUGAGAUAGCUAUUAAAAUAUCCACAGCUGAGACUAUACUACACGCAAAACCAUCUCUGUUACCUCAAUCCUUGGACUUAAAUAAAUGGUCAGUAGAAGAAUACAGUUCAACUCAGCUAAAUUUACCAGUGAAGAAAGGCUCCACUAGCUGUUCAAGUACAUCCAAGGUAGACAAUAAUGAAUGUAUUAGUUUUGUUGAUUGUAAUAAUUCAUCCUCCUGUACCAAUACUGCAUUUGAUGUCUUACUGAAAGCUAUGGAGCCUGAACUGAACACUUUAGCACAAGAGUGCCCUUCUAGUGGAAUGCAGAUUGAUAAACUGAGACCAAACAGAACUAUAAACACCUCUUCCUCUCUUGCAUCCAAUACACUGAGUGCCCAAAGUCAUGAUGCUUCAUUACAGCAAAAAAAUGUAGCUGGAUCUCAGUUUUAUCCUUGCACUUUGCAGACUGUGCAUGUAACAACAUCAGGGAAGACUUCACAAGCACAGAUGCACUCAGCUGCUCACUUAAAAGAAGGAAUUCCUGAAAAAGCUGGACAACACAAUCAACAAGUAACUGCAUGCCCAAACUUCACUAGUUCUGUGGUACAUCAACAGAAUCAAGAAAAUCUCAAACUCCAACAUAUAUAUAGCACAGCAGUAACGUCUUCAAUAACCCCCCAGUCUUCUGUUACUCAGGCUUUUUGUCAAAAUCACCUAGUAGCAAAAUCAUCUUCUCCUUUGUCAAUUAAUCCAGCUCCACUACCCAGCUCCACUGCCCAGAUACCUAUAGCUCCCUUGUACAAUUCAGCCCAGAUAGCCUCAGUUGUCAACCAUGGUGCAGAACAAAUAUGUAACCUUCUAAAAGUUCAGAAGCCUAAAAAAAUGGGGAAAUAUGUCUGUGAGUAUUGUAACAGGGCAUGUGCUAAGCCCAGUGUUCUCCUAAAGCACAUCCGCUCCCACACAGGAGAACGACCAUAUCCUUGUGAGACUUGUGGAUUUUCUUUUAAGACUAAAAGCAAUUUGUACAAGCACAAGAAAUCCCACGCCCACGCUAUCAAACUUGGACUUGUCCUCCAACCAGACUCUUCUGGGCUGUUUCUCUCCCAUGAAUCAGAUAAAGCACUUAGUAUUCAUUCAGAUGUAGAAGAAAGUGGUGACAGUGAUGAUGAAGGCACGGCUGAUGAGAGGCAAGAUGACCCUGGAUCAUUAGAACUGGAACCUACUCAUGCAGUGAAAACCCCUUCUAAUUCUGAGUCAUUACACAAAGGUAAUCCCAUCUCAUUAAGCAACCCAGAAUAUAUGGUAGGCAAUUCCUCAUUUCAGGAAUCAGCUAUUCAAGCAAGGACAGCUUUACCUAAGGUAAUUGUUUACCCUAUAAAUAUGUCUCCUUUACAGUGCGAUUGUCCCAAAGUAACAGUCCCCAACUCUACAGUCACAAAUGUGAAAUCAGAUAUAACUUACAGUGACUUGAUAAAAGAGUUUGAUAUAAGCCAACAUCAGAAAAAACAAGUAGAUAUUUCUGAGGAACAGCCUGGGACCCCUAUGGGGGCAGCAAUACAUGCACAGUUACAGAGACAGCAGGCAACAGAUUGUUCUCAAGAACAACAAGGAAAAUGUCUCCUGAGUCCUAGAAGCUUGGGUAGCACUGAUUCAGGCUAUUUCUCACGUUCAGAAAGUGCAGACCAGACCAUGAGUCCACCAGCUCCAUUUUUGAAGGGACCUCCCACAACUGAAAAAGACCUAAGUAAAAUUUGUGGGCCACGAAUGAGCACCACAGUGGUAACUGUUGCACAGACUACUUGUGGAGAUAAGUCUUUUCUAUCAUCUGGUCAAAUGAGACCACCUUUGGCCACAAAAACCCUUGAAGAACGCAUUUCAAAAUUAAUAUCUGACAAUGAGGCAGUAGUGGAUGACAAACAAUUGGAUAGUGUGAAACCACGAAGAACAUCCCUUUCUAGAAGAGGCAGCAUUGAUUCUCCAAAGUCCUAUAUUUUUAAAGAUUCCUUCCAGUUUGACCUAAAACCAAUGGGUAGAAGAACUAGCUCAAGCUCUGAUAUACCAAAGUCUCCUUUUACACCAACCGAAAAGUCAAAGCAAGUUUUUCUCUUGUCUGUACCAACCCUUGACUGUUUACCUAUAACCAGAAGUAAUUCUAUGCCUACUACCAGUUAUUCAGCUAUACCUACGAAUGUAAUACCUCCCCCACAUCCUCUGCGUGGAAGUCAGUCUUUUGAUGAUAAAAUUGCCUCUUUGUAUGAUGAUGUCUUUGUGCCAGGACCUGCCACUCCACAGCUCCAAGCUGGACAUACUCGCACACUUGUUCGGCAAACAGCAAUAGAAGAUUCUUCAUCCAGCGAAGGGCACACAUUUGGACCAGCACGAUCUGUAGAUGAAAGUUAUGGAUGCAGUGUAUCAAAUGAAUUCUUAAUGGCAAGAAGCAAGUCAUUUGUGCAAGGCUCAAAUUUGGAUAAAAUCAAAAAGUCACAUCAAGGCCGAGGGAUAAUGUUUGAGUGUGAGACUUGCAGAAAUAGAUAUAGAAAACUGGAGAAUUUUGAGAACCAUAAAAAGUUUUACUGUUCAGAGUUGCAUGGACCAAAAACCAAAGCAGCUAUUCGAGAUUCUGAACAUAAAACUAUUGUGAACAGUACACAACCACAAAUCCUUCAUUACCGAGUAGCGACAUCAACUGGUGUGUGGGAGCAGACAUCUCAGAUAAGAAAAAGAAGGAAAAUGAAAAGUGUUGGAGAUGAGGAUGAUGAAGCACCAACAAAUGAUACUAGUAGCCUGGCAAAAAAUAUAGCAGAAGUAGAGAGCCAAAAUAAACUAGGAAACGCUGUCUCUAAACAUGCUGUUAUCCUAGAUUCACACAACACUUCAGUUCACAAACUGGUGCAAGAUGAGCCAGAGAUUCAAACUGCAGAGCAAGCCACAGAGCCAAAAAUGUUGCUGCAUGGGAAGAAUCACAGUGUUCCAAUUGUGCAUGAAAAAAAUGAGCUGAAAAGGCAAGGAGCUGGAAUUUCUGUCAUUCAGCACACAAAUUCCCUAAGCAGACCUAGUUCAUUUGAAAAAUCAGAUUCUUUUGAAAGAAUAUCACCUAUUUCUUUCCCAGCUAACAAACCUGAGAAGUUCCAUUCCUUGAAUAAUGUAAUUAAAGAAGAGAAACAUCCACUCUUGAGUGCUUCCCAAAGUCUUCAGGCAGCAGGAGCAACAAGAAUUCAAAUUCAUCAUGAAUGUAGAGUUUCUCCUAAUGAAAGGAAUGCAUCAGUACAACCACUAAGACUUGUUCGCCAACAUAACAUACAAGUUCCUGAAAUACUGGUUACAGAAGAGCCAGAUAGAGACCAGGAAUGCCAAUGCAGUGAUCUUGAAAAGACAGAAAAAUUUAACUGGCCUCAACGAAGUGAAACACUAUCAAAGCUACCCACAGAAAAGCUUCCACCAAAAAAGAAAAGAAUUCGCUUGGCUGAAAUUGAGCAUUCAUCUGCUGAUUCAAGCUUUGAAUCUACACUUUCUAGAAGUUUGAGUCGGGAAAGUAGUUUAUCACAUGCAUCUAGCUUCUCAGUAUCUUUUGAUAAAGAUGAAGUCUCUAAGAAUGAGAAUGCUUCCAAAGCAGAACCUAUUAAUAAAUCUUUGGAAUUCCUUACAAUUCCUCCCUGUUCAAAUACACUUAGUGUGCCUGGUCCUCAUUACAGAGAAAUGCGACGUGCUGCUUCUGAACAAAUUAAUUGUACCCAACCUUCCAUGGAAGUACCUGACUAUAGAAGCAAGAGCUUUGAUUAUGGAAGUGUGACUGCAUCAAAACCUGCCUCACUUAAAGAGAUAUCCUCUUCCAAAUUGACUACUAGUAGUGGUGGCACUGGACAUGUACCUCUUUUAGAAAGGAGGAGGGGACCUCUUGUAAGACAAAUCUCUUUAAAUAUUGCUCCAGAAAAGAAUCUGCCUGACAUUGUAUCACAUGCUUCCUUGCAAACAGCUCCUGCAGCAGAUACUUCAACAGUGUCUUUUCAUAGGUUGCAAAGUUCUGAGAUACCUUUUGAGGACAUUUCUUCAGGUUCUCAGCACCCACAAAAUUAUACCAAGACUUUGCAGGAGUCAGUAAAGAGCAUCAACUUUCUUAACCUUCCCUCCACUGAACAGUCUGCAGGAUCUAGUCUAAAUCAUCACGAUCAACAAUCUUCACUGUGUCAGAAUUCCCAAGCAUCUCUUACAGGAUCAGCACUAGAAACUCAGAAAAAUCUAAGCAUGAUUGCUAGCCAGCAUUGUAAGCAAGAGGAUUGUUUUGCACCUAAAUAUCAACUUCAGAUUAAAGCCUUGCAUGUAGAACAGCAAUAUCCUUCAGGUCUUCCAGGAAUAGCUGGCAUAGAACAGGCUGGGGCUUCAUUAGAAAUAUUUACUAAAUUAAAUAAUAAUAUGAGUAAGCCAUAUGCAGCCCAGCCUUUGCAACAAACUGUUCCUGAUAACAACAGCGGCCCAGUCUACCAGGCUGAACCUUUUGCUGUUCCUGUGCGUAGUCACAGUAAUAUUCCAUCUUAUGGCUUAGCUUCUGUUGCACCCAUUCCUCAAAUUCUAGUCACCCAGGAUCAGGUAAGCCAGUCUCUUUGCAAACUAAAUGCUGCAUCAGUGACAGUAGCUCAAGACCAGACUUUGAUGCCAAAAUCCCACAAAGAUAAUAUGAGGUGUUUGCCGUGUUCUCAGCCAGCACCUUUAUUUGAAAACUUGAUUUAUGAGACAGAAAGCAAAACUUCAGUUUCAUUAAGAUCUUUAAAUCUGAUUCAGAAAGUACCAGUUGGUGGACUUUUCCCUCAACAGGAAACCACAGCUUCAAGUAAACGCAUGCUUUCCCCAGCCAACAGUUUAGACAUUGCCAUGGAAAAACAUCAGAAACGUGUUAAAGAUGAAAGUGGAGCUAUUUCUUUCACAGGUGCUGUAUCAUUGUAUCCAUUGAACAUUAAACCAAAUGAACCUAGUAAGCAAAAGAAGCCACUUUUAGUACGGCAGAGCUGUACCACCGAGCCCCUUGAAAGUUUCCCAUUGGAUCAGGAUGAUGAAAGUGGUGGAGCCAAUAAUUCAUCAGAUGUCCUGUUGUCUGGUUCACCUGAAUCUGCUCAGUCUAAAGUUUAUUCAUUUGUAAAAGAAUCCUUAGAACAAGAUAACCUACCAACUUCUAGAACCACAGACUUUGCAGACAGAAGGCCUCAUCAGUCUGUUCCACUGAACACUUCUUCAUUUGUAAAAAUUCUAGAUGACAGUCAAGAAAGGAUGUCCCCAGGAUUUAAUGAAAGCAAGAAACCCAGUAUCCACAGCCAAGCAAACUCUGGAGCUACUUUUUCUGCUGUAAAUGCAGGUGAUAUACAAAGAUUAUCUUUUCCAAGCCUAAAGACAGCAACAAACUUUACAUGGUGUUACCUAUUAAAAAGGAAACCAGUACAUUUAUUACAACAUGACCAACAGUCUUCAGCUUAUUCUUCCUGGUCUGUCAGUCCCAACAAUCCCAACCCACUUGGUUUGCCAACAAAGGUCGCGCUUUCCCUCUUGAAUUCAAAACAGAAAGUUGAAAAAUCAUCUUAUACUCAAGCAAUAAGCACCAACUUCAAAUCUGAUACAUUGGUCUACUCAAGCAAAUGGGAAGACAACUUACUUAAGCAGGCAUUAGUUAAACAAAAGGCAGCAAGGAAAUUCAGCAAUAAAGAAAACUCUGAACUAAGUACUGAUCAAGAUAUUGAGAACACAGCCAAAAGUGAGCCAAGAAGAGUUAAAAUAUUUGAUGGAGGAUAUAAAUCAAAUGAAGAAUAUGUCUAUGUUCGUGGGAGAGGAAGAGGAAAAUAUAUAUGUGAAGAAUGUGGGAUACGAUGUAAAAAGCCCAGUAUGUUGAAGAAACAUAUUCGCACACACACAGAUGUCCGUCCAUAUCAUUGCAAUUACUGCAAUUUCUCCUUCAAGACUAAAGGAAAUUUGACAAAACAUAUGAAGUCCAAAGCACAUAGCAAGAAGUGUAUGGAUUUGGGAGUCUCAGUGGGAUUAAUAGAUGAUCAAGAUAUAGAAGACUAUGGUGAAAAGCAACGGCUAAAUUAUGAACGGUCUGGAUUUGAUGCAGAGGAUUCAGAUGGGCCAGAGGAUGAAGACAAUGAUAAUGAAGAUGAUGAUGAAGAUAGCCAAGCUGAAUCGGUUUUAUCUGCUACUCCCUCUGUUUCAGCCAGUCCACAGCAUCACCCCUCAAGAAAUGCUUCUCAUGAGAUUUCAAGUGCUGAUGAAGAAAUUAGAGCUGCAGACUGUUUUGCUGGGGUUCACACAGAUUCUGUGGAUGGCCUGCCAAAAGCACUUCUCACAAAAAUGACAGUACUUAGUACAGUGCAGUCGGACUGCAGGAACUCAGGGCCACUGGGAUCGGCUAUUUCCAGAGAAGCAAAAAAAGAAAGCAUGCAAGACAGAGCAACGAGCACAGAGCCUACUGUCCCUUCAGAAACACUUCAUAGGUCACCGUGUCAUCAGAUGUAUGUGGACUUCCCAAGUACAGAAGAAGUAUUAGGAAGCACCACUCCUAUUAGCACGACAGCAACUUGGAAGAGCACAGUUUCUACAAGACUUCCUUCUGUACCCAUAGACCGGAGUACACAAACUACAGUUGUCGUUCCUUCAAUGGCAUCCCCUUUUGCAGAGAUCCAAGAGCAAAAGCAUGGGGAACAUCAACAAACCAUGAAAUUAGCACCUCCCCAGACUCAUCUGUUUAGCCACCUCCCCUUGCAUUCUCAACAACAAACUAAGAGUCCCUAUGGAGUGGUUCCAGUGGGGGGGAUCCAUGUGGUACCUGCUGGCUUGGCCACCUACUCUACUUUUCUACCCAUUCCAGCUGGGCCAGUACAGCUCACUAUUCCUGCUGUUAGCGUGAUCCACCGAACUACAAGCGCUCUUGGCGAUCCAGCCUGUGCAGUCUCUGGCACUGCAAAUCACCUUGGUGUUGCAGAAGUGAACAGUGUGGUUCCCUGUAUCCCUAUAGGCCAAAUUAAUGUGCCAGGCAUCCAGAGUCUAAGUGCACCAGCCCUGCAGCCUCUUCCAUCCCUGAGCAUGGAAACGGUGAAUAUCUUAGGCCUGGCCGGCACCAGCAUUGCACCACAGAUACAUCAUUCGGGAUUAACGCUCAAUGCCGUAGGGUUACAAGUGCUGACUGCAAACCCUUCCUCUCAAAGCAACUCUAGCCCUCAGGCACACAUUCCAGGGCUGCAAAUAUUAAACAUAGCACUGCCAACUUUAGUUCCUCCGGUGAGCCCUAGGACUGCAGAUGAUCAGGGGAUCGUAGAACCACCAGCCUCCAGGAAUAACACUUGUGAAACGUUCCCAGAUCAGGGUUCUGGGAGCUUAGCUACUCUGGACCCUGCUCAGAUUGCCAGUGCUCUAUCUCCUCAGAAGGCGCCUGCCGACAAGCGGUACAGCAUCGAAAAUCUACUGGAAGUGGCUCCUGCAAAGGAAUAUCGACAGCACGACAGCCCGGAUAACCCAGACUCUGAAAAUCCUGACUCAGAGAGUCCCAUAAAACCAAAGUGCAAUAUUAGUUCUGUUCAGGUGGGACAGGCAUCUGGGUCAGAGCCUCCUGCAAAGGUGAAUUCAGACAUUUUAUCCAGUUCCCCCGGACAUCAGACAGUCCCUCAGGAUAAAGAAUUCCAUUGGCCGAAAAGGCUGCCAAAAGUGGACCUUAGUGAUGGCAGCAGUGAUGAUGAGGAUAGACUAGUAAUUGCAACCUAGGGUGUUUUGGUUUCAUGUUGGGUUGUGUAUGGGGGCGCGCGUGUUUUGUUUUGUGUGUAUGUUUUUUUAAAGUAACACUUACUGGGUUUCUUUGCAAACCUCCCUUUUACUUAAAGCACAUAUUUUCUGACACAAACUCAUUACUAAUCUUCGUGCAAUCAUGAACUCUUGACCAAUAAUUGUUGUUUCUUGUCAGCUCCGGCCAUUUUUUGUACAUGUUGUAUAGACAAUUGUGCCUUUUUUGUGUUUUAUGUUUAGAAAACUGUACAGAUUGUCAAAAUUAUAUAUUAUAUGUAUAUUAAACCUGAGUAGUUUUGUUUCGUAAGUAAAACAAAAUCUUAUGUCAAAUGAAAUGAUUAAAUUAUAUGUUGCACUGUUAAAUGUAAAUUUUUAUGGCUGUGGGGCGAAGUUUGUAUGUACAGAUUCAGUUAUGUACAACUCCAUAUUUAUUGUAUCCAUAUUAGUCUGGGGGGAGGGGAAAAGUUCUGUCCAUUUUUCUCAUGUAUGACAUUAGCUUUACACUUAAGACAAAAAUCCCGUAUCUGUGUUAUUGAACUAUUUCAGUAAAAUUUUUGUUUACUGACUUUACUACUGGCUCAAGUUGUACCUCUUUCUAAAUGAACCAACAAGAAAGAACAAUUCUGUUCUGGAAUUAUUAUUAUUAUAAAAAGAACAUUAAAAUUAUAAAUAUAUUGCUAAUAACUUCUCACUUGGCCCUCUCUGCCCCCCCCCAUUAGUUUCUUAGGAGAUAUACUGAAAAAGUGAUAUUUCUUUGUUUAUCAGUAAAGAGAACUUACAAAAUGGGGAGAAUUUUUGUUUGUUUGUUUCAAUGGAAUUUUUUUAUUAAUUGAGUUGCCAAUAAACAACUUCUCUUUUUUGUAGUAAGUCCUUUAUUUAAAAAAAAAUGAAGGAAGGAAGGCUCAUACUAUUUCUUUUAAGUCUGGUUAUUUUAUUAAAGCCAGACUGUCACACAAGAAAAUGUAGUUACCUUUGUGCCAAUGAUAAAAACUCU